AUGUCUUCCAAGCAAGUCGCCCUCAUCAUCGGCGCAUCCCGCGGAAUCGGCCGACAGGUCGCCGUCGACCUCGCAAGAGACAACUACGCCGUAAUGCUCGCCGCGAAAACAACCUCAGACGCAUCAAAAGUGACACCAUUCCCACCAGACCCUAACUCCUCUCAAUCUACCGUCAACACGGUAGAGCGCGAGAUCCUAGAAGCAGGCGGAAGCGCAGCUGCCGUCGCCGUCGACGUGCGCGACGCAGCUCAGAUUCAGCAUGCGAUUGAGGAAACGGUGCGCGUGUUCGGGAAACUGGAUGUGAUUAUCUACAAUUCUGGCGCGAUCUGGUGGUCGUCUGUUGAGAAGACGCCCCUUAAGCGGUUCAAGCUUAUGCAGCAGAUUAAUCCUGAGGGGCUUUAUGCGACUGUUCAGGCUGCUUUGCCCUAUUUUGAGAAGGCUGGGUGGAAGGGGCGGAUUGUUGUUGUUUCGCCGCCUAUCUAUUCGAGGUUUUUCCGGGGGAAGACUGCGUAUGCUAUGGGCAAAGUCGGAAUGAGUGUCUUGGUGAAGGGUCUGGCUAUGGACUUCCAGCGUGAAGGCCGGAAUGAAAUGGCAGUGACGAGUAUCUGGCCUGCGGUGGCGAUUGAAUCAGCGGCUACAGAGCAUAACAAGGACGCCGACGACAAAUCUUACAAGAAGGAUCUGAGAAAGCCGACAAUCUUCUCAGAUGCCAUUCUAGCCAUGCUUCGUGCUCCCCACAAGGUUGUAAACGGUCUCCUGGAUACGGAUGAAGACUUCCUCCGGGAGAAAUGCGGGGUCUCUGACUUCUCCAAGUACUCCGUGAUCCCCGGAUCGGAGCCACGGCGUAUCAUGCCGGCUAAAUUCCCGACGCUGGAAGUUGCAGAGCAGGACGAUGAAGGGCAGCGCAUGGAUAGCACGAAGGUGCGGGCUGCUAAGAUCUAG